AUGGACGGCGAGAAGACCAAAGCCCUCGGCGACUCGAUCAAGAUCUUCGUGAGCCGGUCCUCCGAUGGCGGCUGCGGGGACCACGGCUGGACCCGGCCCAUCUCGGUGCCCCUGCGAUCUGGGCGGCUCAGGUCACGCAAGGGCUGCUGCUCGUCGUUCCGCCACCAGUCCGAGAGGUACUGCGAGGAGACGUCCCUACACGGCAUCAAGUACGCCUGCCGCGAGGACGGCAUCAAGAAAUGCUACUGGGUAAUCAUUUUACUAGGCAUGAUGGCUGCGGCCGCCUACUGCAUUCACGGAGUGGUGCAUAACUACAUCACCACCCCGACUCUUGUAAGCAUUGAAUCAACGGACUAUCCCAUACACAAGAUCCUCUUCCCGGCACUCACCAUCUGCAACCUCAACAAAGUGAACAACAAGAACGUCCCACCGAAGCAAGUGGACGUGUUCGGACGGACGGUGUACACCAACGAGAGCGAGUGGCUGCAGCGGGUCCAGAGCGUGCUGUCGAUGGUGUACGCCGAGGAGCCGUGCCCCGACGGAGACUGCGCUGGGGUGACUGUGGACACCACGCAGCAGCUCUCCACCGAGGAAGUCAAGAAGAUCAUGCGACUGACAUCGCCGUCUUGUGAAGAGAUGAUCUUCACAUGCUCAUGGAGGGGCAAUAAGGUUCCCUGCUCAAGCAUUUUCAAAACGCAUCACACGGACUUUGGAUACUGUUGCCUUUUCAACUCAAACUACGAAGACUCAAAAACCUCUGAGAAGCUGUACACCGGCCCUGGCGACAAGAACGGCCUGACUGUCAUGCUCGAUGCCAAACGAUAUGAGUACUAUCAAUCCCAGUUCUUAUCCGUUGGAUUCAAGGUGCUGGUGCACGGGAUGCAUGACGAGCCGGAGGUGCGACAGAGAGGCCUGGCCAUCCAGCCCGGCAGGGAGAUCUUCGUGGCCGUCGGCGCUGAGGAGACGUACACCACGCAGCGGGCGGAAGACGGCUUCAAGCCGGAACAGAGGAACUGUUUCAAGGAGCACGAGGUCAGCCUGAAGUUCAGCGACACGUCCGUGUACACUCUGGCCAACUGCCUGCUCAGUCACGAGGCCGAGGCCCUCUUCGAAAAAUGCGGAUGCGUUGCGUACUACAUGCCAGGGAACGGCGAGGUCUGCCACGAGAAGGACCUCUCCUGCCUGCGGGGCUUCCUCCAUAAGCUCUCACAGGACUUCGACAUGUCGGCGCAUUUCUGGGACGACUGUCUGCCGGCCUGUGACGAGACCAAGUACUCGACCGAACUGUCAACCUUCAGAGUUCCCCAGUCGGAUGCUGAUCAGCAACAGCGCAUUCCAGCACAUCUUCCAGACCAUCAUGACGAGGAUCUGUAUCGCUGUCCAGGCGCACAGGCACAACAGAUGGGAGGCUCAGAUGGCGGACGACUGCCUCCUGGUGAUGGCGGGCAGGUACCAGGAGCUGGUGGCGAACCAGACAAAUGCCGACCGCUACUACACGCUGGCGGUCGAGUACGCCAGACAAAACAUGGCGAAGCUGCACUUCUACUUCAAGACCAACUCGGGCACACGUUACAAACGGGACGUUUUGUACACCAACGACCAGUUCAUUGCGAACAUGGGAGGACUCCUGGGGCUGUUCAUGGGCUUCUCCAUCGUCUCCGUCUUUGAAAUAUUCUACUUCUUCGUUAUGAACUUCAUAUCCUCAGUCAAAUGCGGCGAAGAUGUGUCACCCAUAAUCCCAAUACCGCGAGUGGACUAACACGACACACAUAUUACGGCUGGUGGUGUAUGUCGCGAUAAGCUUUAUGUGGUCUCAUGUUCCUUUAGACACGUUGCACCGAAUGAUCAUUUUCACCGUCCGGGUACGUUCUUUCGAAGCCUGAACGAAGCGCAUAGUUUUUACCAUUUCUUCCGAGAAUGAAUAUACUGCUUGUUUAGACAGAAUGUGGAUGGCUGCCUCCCGCGUCAUGUACCAUUUGCCUUAAGAUUACACGCGUCUAGGGCUUUCUGUGAAAAUACGCCGGGUAAUUGGCUCGGACGUCGGUCCUGAGAAGACGUCCGGUAUUCCAUGUGCCAUUCGCGAUAACCUACCGUGUCUGUUUGUACGGCACCUGAACAAUGCCGUCUAUUCUGUCUCAAAUGCUUUUAGCGUAAAACAGCACAUCACCAGCAGCACAGUGCACAUGUGGUUAUACGACGUCUUCUGUCAGUCUUUUUAAAACUCGACCAGGAUCAACGCUAUCAACCAAAUGUUCUGACUGAAAUCCCGGUCAUUACCAGCACGUGCUCGACUGAAGCUAAUCAUACGCUUGGAAUUUGAUCGCUACUCGUUCACUGCUGACCGAUCAACGUGCCGGACAACGACUUUCCAAGAGCGCUUUUGACCAGACCCGAUGGAGUUCUCAAACCGUGACCCGAGAUGUUUCGCCGUAGCAUCAUCCCCACGUAAAACGCUGGCUCACUGUUGAUAGCCGGCCUCAGUACAGGACACCGCGGCAUACAAGGAAAUUGUAAGCGAAUGUUGUGUAGUUAUCACCAAAUACAAU